AUGUCGGAUCACCCGAACGUCCCUGGAGCAGGCGCCGGACGCCAAUCGAUGGACGACGGCGGCCAGAGGAUCCGCACCUGCUCCAUCCCGCUCUCGUCCGGCUCAUCGCGGAUUGGCAACCUGGAAUGGUCCGAUCUCGGGCAGGCACUCGUGGUCACAGAGGAUAGCCUCGUCAUUCUCUCUCCUCUCAGCCCCCUGAACCCAGCUCUCGUGCCUCAGAGCCGCGCACACGACGUCGAAUGCCACCCUCGCUGGCAGGGUCGCUUCCCUCACUCGCUCGUCCAGAUCAACGUCCAGACGUUCCUCGAAAACGAACACAGCCUUCGCAGCAGGAUCAUCCUCGAAGCAGACCAUUCCGCCGUCGACCCUCGCUUUCUCAACCUCCAAUGGACCUCCGCCACCUGGUCCAAGCCCGGCAUGGGCCCGCAUGGAAGCUGCCUCAUCCUCGCCACCACCUCGGAACUCGAUCUGUUCGUGCUCGGCGCUCCUCGCAAUGCCUGGACUGGUGAAUGGCGCUUGCUGCAUGCCGUCGACCUCCAGCCAGUGGCGGGUCUUGCCCAAGUCGGUCUGCCCAAGUCGAGUCCUGCCUCGUCCCACGCUGCCGGCGACCGGGACAUCUUCACCCGUUCACGAGCACUAUUGCGAAAGAAGCAGAUGGCAACCGAGGUGCUCUGUGCCGCUUUCAUUGAUUUGCCCUCACGAGCACCUUUGCUGGCCCCAUCCACCUACAUCAUUGCCGGCACUCGAUCCGGUCACCUCGCCGUCUGGGAGUGCCAUGCUUCCACUGGCCACUGCACCUUCCUCACCGCCACCGCCGUCAGCAACACAGCCAUCGAACAAAUCAGCUUGAGCGUGCAAGCUGCCGCCCUCGAAGCUGAUGCUCAAGCCAGAAUCGCCUUUCAAGACGCCGGCGGCAUCAGGCUGUGCGAUUUCUACGCCCUCGAGGAUCACGCCGUCCUUCAGCUCAUCGAAUCGCCGUCCGUCCGUACAGGCCACUGCAUGGUGACAGCCUGGCAUUGGUCUGAUCACCGCCUCCUCUAUGCUACGAUAGGUGCCAUUCACAUCUACGACGUCCAUUCCGCCGAGGCCGCUGUCUUUGCGCUGGUUACCGACGCGGCAAGUGACGACGACCCUUAUUUGCCUGUCGUAGCCAUCGAAGCAUCCCCGGACCCCGCGUUCCUUGCAGUGGCAAUUCUGCAAGACCUGCGCAAGUAUCACAUUCCGCCGCCCACGGUCUCACCGACGGAAACGCAGCCCACCCCGCUGCUACCAGUCCACGCAUCCACUUUGCUUGGAUAUCCUCCACUCACCGAGAGCCUUCAGCGCAAGCACGACUUCCACCAAGCUUUCCUCGCCUAUCGGUCCGAGUCGGGCUCGAGCCUCGCCUCGGCUUCGCUCAUCGGUGCCAUUCGUACAGACGAACGCGUCGCCUUUCUCGGAUAUAACGUUUCAGACACACUCCGAUACCAGCUCGAACUGGUCCACAACAGUGCCGCGACGCCUGAACGAGCGAUCGAUGAGGCACUCGGCGCCUGCAUUCAACCGCAAUCGCGCCCGUCUCCGCCAUACCUCUUCGCGCGUACAAUUCUGGCCCUGCUCGCAACCUCGUCGGACGCAGACGCAUAUCGGAGCAGCCUCCAUGCUGCCAUUCAGCAGCGAUGGCAAAGCUUACUGCAAACAUCAAAUGACGGCACCGAUCCAGAGCCGAGACUUGCAGAGGGUCGGCACAGGCAGGGGUGCCUGCUCUUCAUCCUGGCCUGCCGCUUGAGCGAGCAAUGCGCACAUCCACCGCCCGCACUCGAUGCUCUGCGCAAGAAGCAUAAAGGCAGAGUUCUGUAUGACUGGCUUCAAAGACAACUGAGCGACCUCACUCCGCGACUGUCUUCCUCGCCGCAACCUACCGAAGAGGACCGCAAGCUGCUCACACGAUUCUCCGUGGCCGCCCGCAUGCUACCUGCAGCCUCAUUCGAAGCGCAAGAAGAGCAGCAGGUCGUGGUGACAGAAGAGACUUGUGCCGCCUGCCAGGCACAGCUCACGAUGCGCUGGGACGAGCAUCAGAACGACUUUGGCUGGGCCAAGUGCCAAAACGGUCACGUAUGGCCAAGGUGCUCGGUGAGCCUCGCCACCAUCUCGGAUCGAGAGACCUUUUCGAUCGUCAACAUCAUGAGCCAGCAGCACCAGGAAAAGAAGAAGAAGGUGGUGUCGAUCGCACUGCUCGUGGCUGAUACGCCUCCGCCGCCCGUGGUGGCGGUUCGCGGCGACUACACCAAGAUCUACCCGCGCUUUCUGCAGGAGUCGCUCAACACGAUCAAGCGCCAUCCGUGGCAGCCACACGUCGAGCUGCACAUCCGCUGCUACGACGUGGUCAAGAAGAUGGAGUAUCCGGACGAGGGUCAGUUGAGCGAUGGACUUUGGGACGCCGUCAUGAUCACCGGCAGCGCCUCGUCGGCGUAUCUCGAUCUGGAGUGGACCAAGAAGCUGGCAGCGUUCCUGCGCGCAACGGCGGAGAACCAUCCACUCGUGCGACUGAUCGGUAUCUGCUAUGGUCACCAGAUCCUGUCUCGCGCGUUUGAUGGUGUCGUUGAAUCAAACCCUAAGGGAUGGGAAUUGGGAACCACCUCUUGCACGCUUACCGAGCAGGGACGAUACCUUCUCGGGUACGACGAGCCAUCGGAAGGAGACCAGAUGGCCAUCCAACAGGUGCACAAGGAUCACGUCAUCGAUCUUCCGCCCGACUUUGGUGGCGAGAGCUUCGAGAAUCUGGCUUCCACCGACAUCUCGCCCAUCCAAUCGCUUAUCCUGCGCUACCCCACCGAAGCACCGCCGCUUGCAUCCACGGCGCAGACCUCCGCAUACAUGGCAUUCGAUAUCGAAGACUCGGAAACCGCAUCAUCGGGUCCACACCCGUUGCGAAACAUGCACGUGCUCACCUUCCAAGGCCACCCCGAAUUCGACCGCGAGAUCGUGGAAAACAUCAUCGAGGUUCGCACCGAAAUGGGCAUCGUCACGGGCGAACUGCGCGAGCGCUCGCUCGUCAACGCAAAGAAACCCCACGACGGCCUCAAACUAGGCCGCGCCAUCCUCGCCAUGCUCGGCAUCGAAGAGGCCCGCACCGACUCUGGCGACAGCAUGAUCAACGUCUAG